AUGUCAAACAAAAUUGUUCUUGUCGUAUUUCUGUAUUUUACUAUUAAUUUAUUUGCAAAUGGACAUGUCAUUCGACAAGAUAAUAUAGAUGAUUUGUUCAUUUCUCGAGUCAAUUUUGAUUUGAAAGAUACGAAACUCAAUGAUAAUAUAACGUAUUAUUCAUACCAUAUUCAUGUAUACUUCCUUCAACAGAAUGAAAAUCAAACAAACGAAGCUACUUUAUUAAGAAAUCGUUUUCUUAAUGAAUUUAAUGUUGAUGAUUGUAAUGAUGUUUGUGAAACAUGGUGUCCAAAAAUUUGUCAUUGGAAUUUAAACAUGGCGCCUAUUGGACCACAUCCAAUUGGUUCAUGGGGAAUUUAUUUACCACUUGAACAAUUUACUCAAGCUGUAUCAUUUAUUUCAAUAUAUCAUGGCAAUCUUACAGUUCUCGUACAUCCCAAUUCUGGUCGUCCAAAAAUUGAUCAUCUUCUCAAUGCAUUUUGGAUUAAAUCACUUUUACCACUCGAUGAUCAAUUGACUGAUACUGCACCAAUACCACCUCAUCGAAUUUAA